AUCCAUGUACAAUUUUACUACGUGAAUACAAAACGUCUAGUAUUAUUUUACAACUAAGUUCAAAAAGCUAAGCUUCCUUUUGUGAGCAUGUGUCUCUAUAUAUAAUUCACUAGCUACACAAAAUUAGACAUUAACCAUUAAAUUGAACCAGUGAGAGCUGAGAAUUUUCAAAGAUAAACAUAAAAAAAACAUUAUAAAUCCAAUACCUUCUCAGUUUUGCAUCAAAGCUAUAAGUGUAAAGUUUUUAAAGAAGUUUUGAUGAUUAAAAUACUUUGCUUUUGAAAUACUUUGGAUUUGUACCUAUAAAAUUUACAAAAAUUUCGAUUUAUUCAAAAUUGUUUCAUUUCAGACGAUUGUUUACAGUUUUUUUUACUACUCAGUGUAGUUUAUAUAUCAAAAUAAGAACUUCGGUCAGUUGGAAGACUGCUAUAAUAUACAUAUAUCCAGUAACCACAUCAAAUUGGUAUGGUACUUGUUAUGUAGUAUUCAAUAUCACUAUUACAUCACCAUUGAUUGAACUAAUGUGGCUUCAAGUGUGAUUUCAGUUGCACCAGUCUUCAGUUAACAAUACAAUAAGCACGAUGCGUUCAAUUAAGAAUAUUUUCAAUAUGUCAUCCGUGCGACGGUUUGGAAAUAAGGCAGAGAGCUCUAAUUUUAAUCUGAAGGGCGUUUUUAUUCCUAUUCCAACACCAUUUAAAUCUGAUGGUAACAUAGAUUAUAAAGCGUUAAAAAUUAAUUUUGAACGUUGGGAAAAAAUUCCAUUUAGAGGUUAUUGUGUUGGUGGAUCCAAUGGGGAGGGUCCUUAUUUAAAAGCAGAAGAAAAAUUAGAGAUGGUUUCUAACGUAAGAAAAAUGAUUGGAAAAGAUAGACUUUUAAUAGUAGGCACUACUUGUGAAUCGACUAAACAGACUUGUGAACUCAGUAAAGCUGUUGCGGAUGUUGGAGCUGAUGGUGUUCUAGUGAUGAGUCCUUUCUAUUUUAAAACUCGAAUGACAGAAAAUUCAUUAUAUGAUCAUUUCACAUCAGUUGCUGAUACGUGUCCAGUUCCACUUAUUGUUUACAAUAUGGUCCCAGUAACUGGUAUCGAUUUAAGUGUUAAAAUACUUAAAAAAAUGGCUAUGCAUCCAAAUAUAAAAGGGGUUAAAGACAAAGAUAUGGGAAAAUUAGCAGCAAUUUAUAACGAAACUAAAGAUUUAGACUUUGAAGUCGUUGCCGGAUCUGCUAGCUAUCUUUUGGCGGCAAUGCUUGUUGGUUGUUCUGGCGGAAUAAAUGGUUUAGCAGCUGUACUUGGAGAGCCAUUGUGUGAAAUGCAUAAGCUAGCAUCCGAAGAACAGUGGAAAAAAGCAUUAAUAUUACAGAGAAAAUUAGUUAAUAUUGAUAUAUUGUUGAUGCAAGAAUGUGGACCAGCUGGAUUAAAAUUUGCAAUGGAUACAUUAGGCUAUCAAGGAGGCCCUUGCCGUUCACCAUUACCAGAUAUAAGCAUUGAACUAAAACAUCAAAUUAAAUCUGAACUUGAACGAUCUGGAUUUAUAUAAUGAUUUAUAAUAUUCUCAGUUAAUAAGUAAUGAAAGAAUAAUAAAAUGUUAAAACUUAUAAAAAAAUAAGUUUGUAGUAAAAUACCAAAUAGACUUAACAAAUUAUUAAAAAAUUUUAUUUCAACUUUAUUCAACUCAAAUUUUAUUUCAAUCAAUAUAAUCCAAAUACCUCAUAAUUAAAUAAAAUAU